ACUACCAAACAUCAAAGGUUUCCUCCGGGUGCUCCGGUGUCCUCCUGUACUAACACUGGACAGACCAAUCGCCUGAAUGACUUUGUAAUCUGGUAUCAAGUAUAUUAGAAAGUGAAGCAGAAAAUGAUAGAGGGAGCAUCACCAGUGACUCAGGCCCUCCUGGGUACCCUCUUUACUUGGGGUCUCACAGCAGCUGGCUCUGCUGUUGUCUUUCUGCUGUCGGGAACACAGAGAAAAGUUUUAGAUGGCAGCUUGGGGUUUGCUGCAGGUGUCAUGACAGCAGCAUCCUUUUGGUCACUCUUGGCACCUGCUAUUGAACUGGCAGAGACAUCCGGCUCUUAUGGCGAAAAUGGGGAGUGGGCCUUUUUCCCUGUUGCUGUUGGCUUUCUCUUCGGUGCCUUAUUUGUGUAUGCUGCCGAUGUGUUCAUGAGCUCAAUUGGGAUCCAGUCACCAAAUUUAAUUUUAGCCCAAAGAGACACUAAGAAAACUGAUGGGGACAACGGUUACACCCGUCACUCUGUGUACUACUCUCAACAGUCUGAUAUCAGUGAAGUAGGGCAAGGCUCCCGUGCCAAUGCUUUCACCUCAAUCGACUUCAACUUAGUCAAGCAGAGAAGGGGAGAUGGAGGAGACAGGAUGUCUCCAACAGAUGAGAUGAUGAAGAGAAUCGUCAAAAUGCAAAAUGAAUUUCUUCAGUGGAGGAGAAUACUGUUGCUUAUCAUUGCAAUCACUGUGCACAACAUCCCUGAGGGCCUUGCAGUUGGAGUGGGAUUUGGUGCUAUAGGUAAAACUCCACUUUCAACAUUCAAUAAGGCCAAGAACUUAGCUCUGGGUAUUGGAAUUCAGAAUUUCCCUGAAGGGAUGGCAGUUAGUCUUCCACUGAGAGGAGCUGGUCACUCUGUGUGGUGGGCCUUUUGGUACGGUCAGUUGAGUGGGAUGGUGGAACCCAUUGCUGGAGUAUUAGGUGCAUUGGCUGUGUCUUUAUGUAAUCCAGUGUUGCCAUAUGCUCUAGGAUUUGCUGCUGGGGCUAUGAUAUUUGUUGUUGUGGAUGACAUCAUUCCAGAAGCACAAACAAGGGACAACGGGCGAUUAGCGUCAGGCUGGUGCAUUGUGGGCUUCAUAGUGAUGAUGGUUCUGGAUGUUGCACUUGGAUAGCGAGGGCUGUGUGAUACAUCUCAUCUUGUUAGUCCACUAGUUUUUUAUACAUUGAUUUUAUUUUGAUUAUUGAACUGUUGCCAACUAGUCUGUUACUGUUAAAAGGUUGAGGGGUUUUUCUUAGAUACAUCAAGUGCAUUUGCUUUGUAAGAUGCAAGAUGUGUGUAUACAUAUUGUGUACCUACACUUCUGUGCAUGUACAUAAACACACAUACAGUACUGUACAUGCAUAUAGGGAGUUUUACCAAUGUUUGUGGCUCUCCUGCAUUGUGUUGACACCAUGAGUGCAUGUAGCUUUAGCUAACUUAAAAAUAAAGCCUGGCCACUUCAAUGCAUCUUCAGGGAUUGCCAUAAAUUUGGCAUUCAACGUGAAAAAGGAUGAACCAAAAUUUUAAGACAAAGACAUACUGUCUUUAGUUAAAUGAUUUUGAAUUUACGGUAACUACAAAAGAGACAAUGUGUGACCAAAAUAUUUCUAAACAGGUCAGUAACAUUUAUAGUUUUAUUUUAAGGUUGUAAGGUGAGAAAUUAGUAAAAUGCUCCCUGAACAAGUUGUCUUGGUUGCUCUUAACAAUGUAGGGGAUCUGAUUGAAGCCUUUAUCAUAGCUACAGUCUUGAGAAUGACUCCAAUGGUUGCUGUAGCCAAACCCAUGGUAUAACCAGUAUCAUACACUCAUCCAUCUCCACUCAUCUUAUGACUUGCAGUUUUAUGUCCACACCGAUGCCUUUCCUUGACUGCUAGGGCACAUUACCAGCAUUAAUACUUGCAGGUUUUUUCCAGACAUUAUUUGCAAUCUAACGUCAUAAUUAAUUUCCACAAUGCACCCUAAUCAGAAAAUUUAAAUUUGUCGAUAGAUUUACAAUCUACCACCUAUGUCCUCACCACCUUAUCAUGCAACGAUAACUUUUUUCAACUACAGGGUAAUCAUGAAGACAUUGGCACCUUAUAUUUUAUCUUUGGAGCUUAAGCAGGCAUAGUGUGGACUUCUUUAAGACUGGUAAUUCGUGCUGAAUUAAGUCAACUUGGUAGUCUUAAUGGCGAUGACCAAAUUUAGGACGUAGUGGUCACAGCUAAUGCUUUUGUCAUUUUGUUUUUGUUUUUUAUACUCUACUGUAGUUAGGAGUUAGUGCCACAGUGGGGUAAACACACACCUUUCCGAACCAAAACAUUCAAAACUGGCUGAGGCAGGUAAGAUGUAUAAAAGAAUUAUGUAAGAUGUGUUAAUGAGUGUUUUAAUGAGAGGCAUUGGAGGUAAGUCUAGAGAAACACCAUUGUGAACAGCUCCCUCAUCAGCAUCAAACUGCCUUAAAAUAUCCAAUUUCGUACCCAAGGCAAUUAUUUUCCUGGUUUUCUUUGUGCUACACACUGUAUUGUUACUUGCUGGGCAUUUCAGAGGCAUGUUGUUGAGAGUCUUAACCAAAGAGCAUAAAAUCAUGCAUAUUUCUGCAUUGUACGCAUUGCUCUGACCUCACUAACUGAGGCAGGAGCACUUCUUGGGUCCUAAAAAAGAAACAAUGAUAAACAGGGAGACUUUAAGCAGGGACCCCUUGUAAUAGUGUCUUCUAACACAGUAUCACAGCUUUUGUCUUCAUUUGAAGACUCCUAUUGUGGAGGUUUUGGAAUAAAGACAAAGGCUUGAGAACUCUCAGUUUUUAUUUUGUUGUCAUGUAUUUUAUAAAUGCGCGCACACACACACACACACCUUGUUUAAAUUAGCUGUGGAGUAUACAUUUAAAUAGAUUUGUAGGAGGAUAGGAAUAACUAUCACAUUCCAUAUUAUUUAGAGUAUAUUUGCCAAAGUUCACAUUAAAGAUUGCUUCACAAAUUUUUCCACUUUACUUUAUAAAGUGGCCAUACCUGUAGUAUACAGUACAGUAUAGUGGAAUAUUUGAUAAAUUACUUUUAUUAUGUAAUUUUGUUUAGGAUAAGCAUAUACUGUACUAUGUGUGCAUUUAUUUAUUUUUUAUGCUGAGCUAACAUAGUACAGUAUCCUGAAUUUUCUCAACAGUGAAGAAAAUCCAUUUCCAAAUUUUAAUUUUGUAUGUGAAUUUCUGAUCAUUACAAAAAGCAACAGUGAAUUUAAAUUAUCUUGAUAGGGGUUAAGAUGCCUCCAAAAAUGCCCAGUAAAAGAGAUAAAUAUACUGUAUACCACUGAAAAUAAGAUGAAAACUAAAUACAGUGGUCCCUCGGUUAACGAACACAAUUUGUUACAGAAGGUCGUUCGUUAACCAAAUCCAUUGUUGCAAUGGGAUAUUGGG